CUCCAGCCCAUCCCUCUCUUCAGCCCCUUCCCUCCCCGCCCCCAGCGAGUGCGGUGAGCCCAGGCGGCCGCGGGGCACGCGCCAGACUUGGGGACUGGGUCGGGGCGCGCCGGAGGGCUGCAGCUGUUCCCUUACUCCUCGAAGCCCCGUUUGGGCUAAAGCGGCCACCGGCCGUACUCGCCUUACGCCCCCAGCGGGACCCAGCCACGGGCAAGGGUGACUUCGGCCGCGCCGUGGAGGCGACUGCUCAGAUUCAAGAUGACCAACGAAGAACCUUUUCCCAAAAAGGUUCGACUGAGUGAAACAGACUUCAAAGUUAUGGCGCGAGAUGAGUUAAUUCUGAGAUGGAAGCAAUAUGAAGCCUAUGUUCAAGCUUUGGAGGGCAAGUACACAGAUCUUAACUUAAAUGAUAUAACUGGCUUGCGGGAAUCUGAAGAAAAGCUAAAACAGCAACAGCAAGAGUCUGCACGUAGGGAAAACAUCCUUGUAAUGCGACUAGCAACCAAGGAACAAGAGAUGCAAGAGUGUACUACUCAAAUCCAGUACCUCAAGCAAGUCCAGCAGCCGAGUGCUGCCCAACUGAGAUCAACAAUGGUAGACCCAGAGAUCCAUUUGUUUUUCCUAAAAAUGAAAGGUGAACUGGAACAGACUAAAGACAAACUGGAACAAGCCCAAAAUGAACUGAGUGCCUGGAAGUUUACGCCUCAUAGAGGCCUGAUGCCAUCGGACUAUUCCGAAGAAGAGGCCACCUUCGAAAAAUUCCCCUUCUAGAACAUGUAGACACUUGAGAAAUGUUUCUGUUUGAAGAAAAGAGAGGGAGAAACAGAAGUCUUUAGUCUGUGGCACACUGUGUCUUCAGACAGUUUGGAGGAUUGAAAACCUAGAGAUUUCAAAUCAUGAAUUGAACAUGUAAAAUUCCAGUUAAAUGUAAAAACCGAAUAUGCAUCGCACUUAACCUUGAGCAUAGUGACUUAGAGACACUGUAUAUCAGUUUUGCCAAUAAGACUGUGGACUUCAUGAUUGUUGUUGAACUUCUGGGUCAAAACUCAAAUGAGGUGAAUUUUGCCUUUAAAGGGUUUAUUUGCUAAGAACCAACUUGAAUAGUCACAAAAGAAAUAAUAGAUGUUGGUAAAGUAGUACAUAUAUUUAACCAUUUAGCUUUAGGGCUCUAUAUUACUUAAUAGAGCCUAAAUUAAUAUCGUUUUAAUCAAUGGUUUGUUCUUUGAAUGCUUUCAAAAACUGUAGAUAAUCUUAACCAAGGACUGUACAAACAUGAAGGAGUGGUAUCAGAUUUCAGGCUUAAACUGUUGAAAGCAUUAUAAACAUUCAUUUCACACCUAGAUUGUAUAAGGAUAUUGGCUGUGAUGAGACUCACUGCAUAAUUUUUUUUCAGUAGUGAGCUUUAUGAAACCCUCAUCUCAUUCAACAGGCACAUGUUAAAAGAGCGUUGUCUUUGGUGUUAAUGGGGGAAUGUGUUCCUUCAUUGUAUUUGGGCCUUUUGUGUUAACACUUCUGAUAUUAAAUUAAAUGUGCCUUGAAA